GGUGUCUCUCUCCUUUCUCUUACCUUCUAUUCCUUCAUUAGGGGUUCCAUCUCUGGGCUUUCAUGCAUCCUGUAUUUGUCCCUAUUAAAGAACUACUGAUCACAACGUACUGUAGUUUUCCUCUCUAAAUACUUGUCUUCCUGCGUAUCUAAUCCUAUUGAUUCCAUAAAGACAGGGAGUGUUUCUCCUACUUUCUAGUGUGAUCUGGAACCUAAGACUGUGCUUACCACAGAGUAGACACUUAGUGUCUUUUGAAUAAACUAGUCUGGGUGGUGGUGGUGCGGUACCCCUGAAUGGGAGUGGGGGAUGUGGCUCCUUGUCAGCUCCUGAAUAGGUCUAGAUCCUGCACUAGGAAGACCAUUGACUGGCAUGAGCUGGGGGCCUUUAAAAUAACCUCAGAAUAGCACCUGGGAACAAGCCAGCUCCAUACACUAGUGAGCCCCACGCAGGGAGGCAUGUAGGACCCCCCCCACCAAUAGCGCUUUGUUUUUCCACUCAGUUAGGUGACCUUGGGGUAGGAUCGCCAAAUAAAAUACAGGACAUUCAGAUAAAUUUGAAUUCAGAAAAACAAUGAGUAAUUUUUUAGCAUACGUGUCUCAUUGCAAUAUUUGGGAUACUCUUAUCCUAAAGCAUUACUCGUCGUUUACCUGAAAUUCAACUUCAACUGGGCAUCCUGCAUUUUAUUUGCUAAAUAUGGUAACCCUACUCUGGCAAGUCCCUGUACGCUGCAUGUCCCUCUCUGGGUCUCGCUUUCUCCAUCUGUGGAAUGGGCACAGUUCUGUGAGACUUGCCUCAGGGAUUCCUCAGGCUGAGCAAAUACCCUCAUGGAUCGUCCCUUUGUCCUGGUGAGUCGUAUGGGAAGCGCGCUUGUCUGAGGAGUUUUUCGCUGUGUAAAUACGAGAAGCUCCUUCCUCCAAAAGCCUCCGUUUUCUCAUCUGAGCAUAUGAGACUCUCAGAAGUGGAAACGAUUGCCUGGCGGAACCAUGACUGCUCAGCUUCCAGCCACCGGAACCCCCAGCUCACCGCCCCCAUCCCUUGAGGCCACGGUCUUCCGGUAGCGUAAAAUCACUUCCGUAUUCGAGAGCCUUCUAGGCUUCGAGCCACGCGAUGUCGCGCCCUCUGGCGGCUGGGAGGAGGAACCGACUUUACCAAACAGUGAGAAGGAACAGGGAAGUCCAUUGGUUGAAAGACGGAGAGGCGCAGCUCCGUCUUCCAACCUCAACCAAUGUUAAACUGAACCUUCGCCGAGGGCGGGGCUCUCACGGGAAAGGGGUCAACCCCGGACUGAGGCGGCGUGGGAAGCGGGCGACGUUAUCUCUGCUCAGCUGGAAAAAGGCCCGGGGUAACACCGGAAGUGGGCUUAUUUGCGCAUCAGCUACUUUCGCUUCUACUUAAAAACGGAGGAUCUGGGUAAAAGAACCGAAAGGCUGUACGAACUUAAAACUUGUCUCCGAUGUCCUUCUCAACCAUCAAUUUCAUAUGCGAGGGAAAACACCUGCUGGGUUCACGCAGAAUAUAAAGGUCUUUGAAAUAAUUCUUGAUCUCUAGGCCAAGGAGUUUUACAUUUUAAAAUAAUCAAGCGUGCCUACUGCUUGCCAGGCCCUGCUCUCGCCUUCACUCGCAUUAUUCAAUUAAUCGACACAGGCCUGUGCAGUGCGUCUUAAUGACAAGGACUCCUACCCUCCACUGCCUGUGUUGGAAUCCUGGUUCUGCCAGUUAUUAGCUGUGUAUCCUGGCCUAAGUUACUCUCUGCCACAGUUUCUGACUCUGUAAAAUAGGAUAAUAGUAUCUACCUUAUACCAUUAUUCUAAAGAUAAAUAAAUUUAACAUAUUUAGGUUGGGCACGGUAGCUCACACCUGUAAUCCCAGCACUUUGGGAGGCCGAAGGUGGAAGGAUUGUUUGGGCCCAGGAGUUCAAGACCGGCCCGGGGAAAAUAGUGAAACUCCCCACCUCUCCAAAAAAAAAAAAAAAAAAAAAAAAAAAUUAGCCAGGCGUGGUGGCAAGCACCUGCGGUCGCAGCUACUCUGGAGGCUGAGGUGGGAGGAGGAUUGCUUGAGCCUGGGAGGUCGAGGCUUCAGUGAGCCGUGAGUGGGGCAACUGCACUCCAGUUUGGGCAACAGAGUGAGACCUCGUCUCCAAAAGAACAAAAAAUUUAGCGUAUUUAAAGCACUCAGAACAGCACCUGACACAUGGUAACCACAGUAACCAGAGAAAAGGCCAUGUGGAGACACGAUGAAAAGCCCCCUCUGCAAGCUGAGGAGAGAGGCCUCACCAGAACCGGACCAUGCAGGUGCCUCGAUCCUGGACUUCCAGCCUCCAGAACUGAUGGCCGAGCCUCGAUUUAACAACCCCUACUUCUGGCCCCCUCCUCCCACCAUGCCCAGCCAGCUGGACAACCUGGUUCUGAUUAACAAGAUCAAGGAGCAGCUGAUGGCCGAGAAGAUCAGGCCGCCUCACCUGCCGCCCACGUCGGCCUCGUCGCAGCAGCCGUUGCUAGUGCCGCCGGCGCCCGCCGAGAGCAGCCAGGCCGUCAUGUCGCUGCCCAAGCUGCAGCAGGUGCCAGGGCUGCAUCCGCAGGCGGUGCCGCAGCCCGACGUGGCGCUGCACGCACGGCCGGCCACCAGCACCGUCACAGGUCUGGGGCUGUCCACCCGGACCCCGUCUGUGAGCACUUCUGAGUCAAGCGCGGGCGCGGGCACGGGCACGGGUACCAGCACCCCGUCCACACCCACCACCACCAGCCAGAGCCGCCUCAUCGCCUCGUCCCCCACCCUCAUCUCAGGGAUCACCAGCCCCCCUCUCCUGGACUCCAUCAAGACAAUCCAGGGCCACGGCCUGCUUGGCCCCCCCAAGUCCGAACGCGGCCGCAAAAAGAUCAAGGCGGAGAACCCGGGGGGUCCGCCUGUCCUUGUAGUCCCCUAUCCCAUCCUGGCCUCGGGCGAGACUGCCAAGGAGGGCAAGACGUACAGGUGUAAGGUAUGCCCACUGACCUUUUUCACCAAGUCGGAGAUGCAGAUCCACUCCAAGUCGCACACAGAGGCCAAGCCCCACAAGUGCCCGCACUGCUCCAAGUCCUUUGCCAACGCCUCCUACCUGGCCCAGCACCUGCGCAUCCACCUGGGCGUCAAGCCCUACCACUGCUCCUACUGUGAUAAGUCCUUCCGGCAGCUCUCCCACCUCCAGCAGCACACCAGAAUCCACACAGGCGACAGACCCUACAAGUGCCCACAUCCUGGCUGCGAGAAGGCUUUCACUCAGCUCUCCAACCUCCAGUCUCACCAGCGCCAGCACAACAAGGACAAGCCCUACAAGUGUCCCAACUGCUACCGGGCCUAUUCGGACUCCGCUUCUUUGCAGAUCCACCUCUCGGCCCACGCCAUCAAGCACGCCAAGGCCUACUGCUGCAGCAUGUGUGGGCGGGCCUACACCUCGGAGACCUACCUGAUGAAGCACAUGUCCAAACACACGGUGGUGGAGCACCUGGUGAGCCAUCACUCGCCCCAGAGGACGGAGUCCCCCGGCAUCCCGGUGCGAAUCUCUCUCAUCUGAGCCUACUGGAGGCGCCGCCCCACCCGGCCCACUGGCAGACACAGACCCAGGCAGCACCAGGCCCCAGCUCCCUCCGGGGGCCCUCCAGGAACCACCAAGCUCUCUCACGACCUUCCCAAUCUUCCAGAAAGCUUGGUCCGCAGAAGCCCUGCCUGGUCCAGUCCGGGGGCGGCCAGGCCAACUGCAAGAUUCUGGACUGUUUUGGUGGCAUCCAAAGACGAUCUCAGAGCACUUUGAACCUCUCUGUUGAGUUUUCUUUUUGUUCCCCACCCUUCACUUGCUUCACUGUUUUUUUUUUUCGUUUUUUUUUAAGUUUGUUUUGGAAAUAACAGAAAAGAUAUUUAUUGGCCAGGAAGUUGGUGCUGCUAAGACCGAGAAAUUUAAAGAAUCGGACAGAUGGACGCAGAGAACCAGAGGGCAGUGUGGGACCUUCUCUUGCCAUGGCCUCAGGUCUUGAGGGAAGGCUCGGGCCUAGGUUUCUGGACUGCAAAGGGGACCCCCAGGUGGGAGGGGCAGGAAGCAGCCGGAGUGAGCCCUUCGCCCCUGAGUGCCUGGCUCGCACCUCUCGAGCUGUGCCCUGGGCAUCACUGAGCAGAGGGGUGCGGCAGCUUCAGGAGGCGGAAACGAGAGGGGUGGGAGAUCCACAGGACCAAAGGGUGCAGUGAUGGGCUGGGUGGCGGGCCCAGGGAAAUGGGGUGGGGAUGGGCUGGGUAAGACCUGGCCCUCCCCUGCUGCCCUGAAGACCACCCCAGUCUACCUCGGUGCUGGCCAGGAAACCUUUCGGCUACCUCUCCCACCAUCCCAGACUGUGGGCAGGGGGAUGGGGAGGGAGUGGGCCUGGAUCUGGGACCUCCCUCCAGAAUUUCCUCCAGAUGGGGGCAGUGCCCAGGGAGGGGUUAUUUGUCUUCCCUGCCAUGGAGUGGGAAUCCCCAGCCGAGGCCCUAGGCCCCUCAGCAGGGAAGGGAUCCUCGGGGAGGCAGGUCCCAGGAGCAGACCCUGCCCCCAGCCCCCACAGACACACCCCAAUCUGAAAGCCAUGCGUGUCGGUGUAUAUAGGAACCAUGUACAGAGCCCAGAGAAGCCCCCUACAUCCCCCCGGGAAAAAAAAGAAAACUAGACAGAAACUCAUCUAUAUAUUCUGUAUCUGGAGUUCCGUUUUGAAUAUUAACUGUGUUAUUUUUAUACACUUUUUAAGCCUUAACUCGCCAUUGAUUUACCAGUUUAACGUUUCCUGGGGUUUCUUUGCCCAUGGGGUUCUCUGCCCCCACCCCCGGCCCUUUGUUUGACUUGCGUCGUCUGAUACUCAGUAUUGUAGCUUUUUGUCCGCAUGUUACUCCCUGUAAAUACGCUGUUAUACAUACUGUUAACACCCCUUUGCUUUUUCUAUGGGACCUCCAGGCCACCAUAUUUAGAACUAGUUACCUUAUUAAAAAAGAAAAAAAAGUCUGUUGGCUUCUCAGUCUGCAUCUUGGAGGCAGGGAGGUGAGGGCAGGUGCCCCUCAGACACUUCAGGAAGGUAGUUUGCAUUCUAUUUAAAAAAGGGGGUGGGGAGCAAAUGAAAAUCAAAUGUUGGGGGAAAACACUAAAGGGGGCAAGAAACAAAGGAAUUACAAACCCUCUGCUCUUUGUAUUUCUCUGUUGUGAAGAAUAAACUGUACCUGCACCCGG